AUGGAAACAUUGAAGAAAGAGGGGUUGCUCGAGCAUCUAAAAGCGCAUCUUUCAGAGGUUCAAUUCAAGAGUUUCCGACAAAAUGAAAUCGAACCCGAUGAUCAAGAGAAACUUCGUCAAAUGCAAGAAAUUCUAGAGAAAGAUCCUGCACUGUUUCUUACAAAAUGGGGGAAAUUUCUACCAAAAGAACAGCUACAAAAUUUUUAUUCCUUACGAGGCGAUUAUGAAGUGAACUGGUUAUUAGAACAUUUACAGAGUGAUAAAAAUAACGAAUCACCGGAAACAAUUUCACGUAACCUCUCACCCUCACAACGAAAAGAUAAAAAAAUACUAAACAGGCGGUUCAAGUAUUUGCUCAAUAACCUAGAAAAUACCUCUUACUUUAGUGAUCAAGCUAUGGAAAUGCGUGAACCCUUGCUAUAUGAAGAGUAUAUUGGAAAGUAUAUACCAGAAGAGGAAAGGUAUCCACCUUUUUCGGAUGAAACUGACCUUGUAGAACGUAUAUAUUAUGAUAUAGCUGAAAACGAGGCAAAAACUGUAGCGAACCUUGCAAAAUUACAUAUAUCUACUGUUGAAAAGGAGGAGACACCCCAACAACAAACCAGUGAAAUAGACAUGGAUGAAGAAAUAUCGUCUCACAACAAUAAUGAUAAUCGAGGGCAUUCUAACACCGACAUUGACAAGAACAUGGAGAAUUUAUCUUCUGAGGAACUUAAAGAAUUACGAGAAGAAUUUAUUGAUAUAAUGCGCGAAAAAUUCAUCUCUGGCAACGAUACGGAAUUCGAUUAUGAUCAAAUUGAUUAUAAUGAGGAGUUUGAUAAUGUCGAUCAGGAGACUAAUGAUAUUCAAGAUGAUUAUUUUGAUAAAGAGGAGCCAAAUGAUACGACAGAAAGUAACAAUGAUACAGGAAUUCUCGAUUAUUAG